GUGGUCUCUGAAAGUCGCACGCUCCGAGAACUCUCCGAGGGAGUUCCCUUCAACGAACGGCAGUGGCGCGUCCUGCGAGCGUUGAAUCAGGACGCGCGGAAACUGGACCGCCUCGCGGCCAGUGUCUGUGCUUACCUCACCUCCAGCUAUAUCUUGGGGAUCCGGGACGGGCAUGACGACAAUUUGAUGCUGCGCCGCGACGGGCGGCUCUUUCGUGUGGACUUCGGCUUCGCUUUUGGGCGGACCCCAGAAAUCGACGCGCCUGGCCUCUUCGUGCCCAACGCGGUGUUCCUGGCGCUGGGGGAAGCGCGAUGGCAACAGGUGGUCGCCAGCUGCAAAGCAGCUCUGCAUGUGCUGGGCACGGAUCGCGAAAAGCCGCCGGGCUGGGAGUGUCUGGUGAAGGUGCCCGAACUGAAGUGUUUGCUCCCGGAGGUGCACGACUACACCAAAAGCUUAAGCUAUAGCUCCUUUGAGGAUCAGGUGGAGCGCGCCUGUGACUGGACGCUGCAGCGCGCAGCGAAGAACACCUUGCGCGAGGCCCUGCGCUACGUCACAGCCGAACAGGAGGUGGAAGACAACACCUGGCUGGGCCUCCUGGACCCCUUCGGCCUUUUGACUGCCGACACGCCGCCGGCUGCGCCGGUCACACCAGUGACGCUGCAAGCGUCGCCGGCGCCAUCUGUGGAUGCCAAGAGGAGGCCCAGUGCGGGCUCCGUGGGCCUCGCGGUCCCACCCCGACGUAGCGAAGCUGCGCCACGCGACAUGGGGCGCGCGCCGCAGCGCGCUGCCCCGGCAGGUGGCCUUCGGGCUGCGCCACCGAUGGGAGCCGGCGGGCUGGCCAGCGCCAGCUGAGGAGGCAGCCAGUUUUCGGGCAGAAGUCCCACAGCCACCACGAAGGUGGUGGUUUCCCGACGAUGUUUCCAUGAAAAAGG